AGGGUAGAGGUCACGGAGUUUUGCGAUUUUCAUCAUGGCCGAUCCAAGAGAAAAAGCUAUUCAGGAGUACCGUAAAAAACUGUUAGAACACAAAGAAAUUGAUGCUAGGCUUAAAGAAAUGCGAGAUACUCUUAAAGAGUUGACAAAGAAGUAUGAAAAAUCUGAAAAUGACCUGAAAGCAUUGCAGAGUGUUGGACAGAUUGUUGGUGAAGUCCUGAAACAGCUCACAGAAGAAAAAUUUAUUGUGAAGGCAACAAAUGGUCCACGAUAUGUUGUAGGUUGCCGACGUGGUAUUGAUAAAUUGAAGCUAAAGCCAGGUACUAGAGUUGCUUUGGACAUGACCACCCUCACCAUAAUGAGGUAUUUACCUAGAGAAGUUGACCCACUUGUUUACAACAUGUCACAUGAGGAUCCGGGUGAUGUCAAGUAUUCUGAGAUUGGUGGUUUGUCGGAACAGAUUCGUGAAUUGAGAGAGGUUAUUGAACUUCCACUGUUGAAUCCUGAACUGUUCCAGAGAGUGGGCAUCACCCCUCCAAAAGGCUGUCUACUAUUUGGUCCACCAGGGACUGGUAAAACACUUCUUGCAAGAGCAGUUGCUAGCCAGCUUGAUGCAAAUUUCUUGAAGGUUGUUUCGAGCGCAAUUGUAGAUAAGUAUAUAGGUGAAAGUGCUCGGCUGAUUCGUGAGAUGUUUGCCUAUGCAAGAGAUCAUGAACCUUGUAUUAUCUUUAUGGACGAGAUUGAUGCUAUUGGUGGACGAAGGUUCUCGGAAGGCACAUCUGCUGACAGAGAGAUCCAACGUACUUUGAUGGAGUUAUUAAAUCAAAUGGAUGGUUUUGAUACUCUCGGAAAAGUGAAGAUGAUAAUGGCAACCAACAGACCUGACACGUUAGAUCCUGCUCUUCUUAGACCUGGACGUUUAGACAGAAAAAUUGAAAUCCCUUUACCAAAUGAACAAGCCAGGUUAGACAUUCUCAAGAUUCAUUCAGCUCCUAUCACAAAACAUGGAGAUAUCGAUUAUGAAGCUAUUGUGAAGUUAUCAGAUGGUUUCAAUGGAGCAGAUUUGAGGAAUGUGUGCACGGAAGCAGGUAUGUUUGCCAUCCGAGCUGAGAGAGAGUAUGUUGUGGACGAAGAUUUCAUGAAAGCCGUGCGAAAAAUAUCUGACAACAAAAAGCUGGAGACGAAACUAGACUACAAACCUGUAUAAUCCAGAAUUUAUUUAACACAAAUAACUGAUUUUGUUCUCAUAAUAUUGGCUGUAUGGAUGGUUCCGCGAAACCUCUCCCCAUGUUGUAAAAUCCCACAAAAUGCGUACAUUUACAUAAACAUGUGUUUGUUAAGAUUGACCAAUCACAACAGAGCCAAGAAUAUGUCCCUGUUCCGUUCUGAUUGGACAGUUACUAACAUUGAAUUCUCAUAUGCCAUAAUUAUAGCACAGUAAUAAUCUGAUAAGCAGGGUUACUGUACUACUUGUAUUAUUCAAAUGUGACGGCUUAUUUAAAUAAAUAUUGGUUGUCAGUUACAACACAUCUUACUAAAAGUGUUUCAAUGCUAAUGCAUAAUGACAUGACUAGCAAUUUUGCUAAGCGUUGAAAUAAUGUUGAAUCCAUACGGAAUUUUGUUAACUCAUGUAGCUACUAUAUAAACAUUGUAAUUACAGUGUUCCUAUUUCUGUAGUUGUAAAUUAGAUUUGUAAACUUUUUUUUGUUUGUUUUUUUUUGUCACAUAAUAAGAGCAAUUUGAAUAAAUAAUACAAAAAUGCAG